AUGAAGAUGAAAUGGACCAUGCUGGGCAUGGUUGUCUUCUUUCUGCUCUCUGUGGUCAUGACCUGCUGCUUCAUAUGGCAGUAUAGGAUGCCAAAACUGAAGACAGAAGUGAUUGUAAAACAAGCGAUAGUAGAGCAGAUGUGCCCUCUGUUCCCUGAGCCUGUGCCCCUCAAACAUCCCAUCACAUCGUUGAGGGUGGCCUUAGAAAAGAUCGAUGUACUCCUGAGGUCGAGUGUUCACACCACCAAGCUGCCAGCAAUAUCAGCCAUCGUGGUUUUAAAUGACUCUGUUCUGUGGAAUGGAAACUUUGGAAAGAAGAACAUAAGUGAUCCCUCCUCAUCUGCACCCAAUGAGUACACAGUGUACAGAAUUGCGAGCCUCUCUAAGAUCUUCCCUACACUAAUGCUGUACAAGCUGUGGGAGGACGGCCUGGUGGACUCUCUGGACGACCCUCUGGAGAAGUACGCACGCAACUUCACCAUUAAGGACCCAUUGUGGAAAAGUGGGAGACCAGCAUCGUCCUCAGUCAGGACCUUUGGCAGCCACUUUCCUGCACUCACCCUGCGCAGGAUGGCCAGUCAGCUCUCUGGGUUACCCAGAAGAUUAAGGUCAACUAAUCUCCUUUGGAGUGGAGACACAGAGGCAGCCCUUAAUGUGCUACAGGAUGAUGUCCUUGUGGCCGAUCCAGGCACCAAAUGCCAUUACAGCAAUGUUGCUUUUUCUUUGUUGGCCAACAUCUUGGCCCAGAAGGUGACUGGCUCAGACUUUGAGAACUGGGUGUCAGACAAUGUUCUGGACCGGCUCAGCUUGGAAGACACUGGUUUCAACUUAACUCCAGCCAUUCAGAGGCAGAUGGCUGUGGGUGUGUACAGCAAUGGCCAGCCAGCUCCCCUCUUCAACCUCGGCUGGUACCGACCUGCAGGCCAGAUGUAUUCCACAGCAGCUGACAUGGCCAAGCUUAUGAUGGCUCUUCUGGGCGCAAACACCAGGAAUCUGUUGCGUCAGGACACCCUGAACACCAUGCUGACCCCGGUCUUCCGAUGCCACAACGGCUACUUCACUAACUCUACCGGCACACCGUGGGAGAUCAACGAGCAGUUUGGCUAUGAUGUGGUGAGGAAGGACGGCGACCUGGACGGUUAUGCGGCCACCUUUUCCCUGGUGCCUCGGCUCAAACUGGGACUGGUGGUCAUGAUGGCCGGGGUUCGGCCUGCAGACCAGGACCUUGUGAGCCAGGCCUACAGUUAUCUCAUUCCCGCAGUGGAGAGAGCUUUCAGGGACACUCGAAAAACUGUAAGACCGCCCCCCAACUCAGCUCCAUAUGUCGGCUUUUUCACUUACAGGAAUAUGACUUUCUAUGAGAUUAAGGUGGAUUUAGAAGGGGUGCUGGUCAUGCAGCAAUUUGGACCACAGGUGGACAAAACUGUACCAUCCAAGUACCAAACUAUUAGGCUGGAUUAUCUACAGGACAGGGUGUUCAGGGUGGUAUUUGAGAGCCCAUACCCUUGCAAGCUGAAGGUUAACAGUGCCUCUGUCUCCCUGGAGGCACAGGACAGACAGCUCUUCAACUUUUAUCUUUUCAACAAGAAAGGUUUGUCAUCAGGGUUUGAUUCCCCAGGACUCAACACUUACAGGGUGACAAGGAUAGCUGGCAGACCAUUCUUUACUUCAUAAAGACAAGAUUUGAACUUAGAACAAGUUGACACUGUAACUGGGGGCAUCAGCCCAGGAUAAAUGCAGUGGGAAACUUGAUUCUCAACUGUUGGGUCAGUGGACAUGUGAUGUUCUCUUGCUAAGGUUAAUGUGAUUAAUCUGAACUAGUAUGUUAAUAUUAUUUAUUUAAUACUCCUCUGCUUAUAAUAUUUAUCUUAUUAUUUAGUGUUGUACAAAUCUCCAAACAACUAGCACAAGAAAGCAAAACUGAUGACAGUGCUCCAUAAAUGUUUCCUCAGACGUGUUUGGUUAAUGUGUCAGUAUUCCUAUUCAACCUUAAGUGCCUACAGUGUGACCUAAAAAGAGGAAAAACACAACUGAUUGAAAUGUCAAGUGGUCAAGUUUUCCCAGAUUUAAAUCCACCAGGGAAGCAUGUGAACAUACUAUGAGCAAUAAAGUGUACAAGAUAAUAUGCUAAAUAAAACUCAAA